CUGCACAAUCCUGUGUUGAUUCACUCGCGUAAUAAGCCAUUGCCCCGUCAAGAAGCUUAAAAAGAACAUUAAACUCUCCACUUUGCACUGAAUCCAUUGCUUCGACUUGUUCUAUUCUGACAAAUACUACUGUUCAUAAACCUCUAUACUACUGAAAUAUCCCACAAUCAAAUAUGAUCUCUCAACUUGGUCUUCAACUGCUAGCCCAGUCUAUGCCUCCUACUGAAAUUGAAGUGUUUGAGCUGGAUGAAUACCUUACUCCAGACCAAAAGGAUCUGGUCCACAAUGGUAGUGUUGUUGUGGCCCGCAAGUCCUCAAACGAUGGCAAAGAGGUAUACAAAGUAUUCCUAGUUGAAGGCAAGAAGGUAGGAUCUCUGAUUGGCACCUUGGACCCUAAGCUUUUGAUUGGCAACGAUCUGGUCUCUGGAAACGCCUAUAUUGUUACAUCUGAUAUGCGCAACUCUGAUAAACUCUCCGAUAAGCGAAAAAGCAUCAAGCACAAGGGUAUGAUCAAGUGCACUUUGAUCUCUGACAUCCUUGAAGGAGGAGAGGGUGGUGUCGAAAAGAAGAAGGGGAAAAAGUGAGAGUCUUGCUACAGUCGUUUACGCAAAACGAAACACUUCAUCUUGCAUUAACCGUCACUUUUGCUUUGAAAUAAAGUCGUUGAAUAUUUGAUUCGCUUUCCAAACAC